AGCGGACAGAAUCAAGCCUAUCUUCGUAGACCAUGAAUACUAUUACGGAAAAGAAAAGAACUAAAAAGAUUACAACUUUCUACCCAGAAAACGAUGAGACGUUCUCGCAGGAGGUGUACGCAUGGCGUCAUGAUCCCAGUCCAAUGCCUCAGUGAAUGUCUUGGGUCUCUGUCCGUGCACUAUGCUUGUGGACUUUCACUAAUUACCUCGCGCCCUCCGUCCCUGUCUCAACCCAUGGUACUGCUGUGGGUAUACAGUGUCGCAUCCAGACACCCCAAACCCCCUUCCCACUACCAACCGCCCCACCCGUUUUGAUCAACAUGGUCCCUCUCAAGGAAGAAAAGCAUCGCAGAAUCCCGCGUGGUUAAACAACGGUCCACAUCGUAGCUCUUUUGUAUCUUGCGUACAAGUCGAAC